AUGUUGGAUGGUGACAACUUUGAGAAAGUUGGUGAAUGCGAAUCGUCAAAGCAAACAUGGGAAAUCUUAGAGAAGGCAUACACAUGGGCUGACAAGGCGAAGGUGGUGAGAUUACAAACUCACAAACUUCAACAACUUGAAUUGAUUCAAAUGGAGGUAAAUGAUACAAUCAAAGAUUUCACAACAAGAAUCACUCAAUUAGUGAUUCAAGUGAAGGCAUGUGGAGAAACAUUCAUGGGGCAGUAUGUUGUCGCAAAAAUCUUACGUUCUUUAAUGCCAAGAUUUGACAAUGUUGUUGUAGCGAUUGAGGAAUCAAAGGAUUUUGUGACAAUGAGCAAAGAGAAGUUGCAAAGAUCUCUUGAGGCUCAUGAGAAAAUGAUGGAGGGGAGAAAUAAUAAUAAGGCAAAGACAGUGAUCUCAUGGCAAGCUCAGUUCAACGAGAAGGACAAGAGAUUGAAAGGAAAAUGGCACAUGAAGAGUAAAGGGAAUUUUCAAAAAAUUUAUGGAAGAAAGUCCCAAAGUUCCAAAAAUUCGACUUUUCAAAGGGGUGAGAGAAGCUGCAAAAAAAAUGAUGGUCAAGACAACUUUAGAGGUGAAAAAAGAGGUUUGAUAAAAGUAAGAAGCAGUGCUUUAAGUGUCAAAGAUUCAGUCAUUUUGCAAGAGAGUGCAAUGCAAACAAGAAGGAACCUCAAGAAGAUAAAGCCAAGAUUGCAAGACAAGAGUUUGAUGAGGAGAAUAUACUCUUGGUCAUGA